GAUUCCUGUUUUUGAGGACUCACCCAUCAAACCAUACCCAUGUUCAUAGCUUAAAAAAAGAACCUCCUCUCUCUCUUUCUUGAUUCUUGUUGUUUUUACCCCUUUUUUUUCAAUCUGCAGUCAGGUUUCAAGGUUUCUUUUUUGCAUCAAAUCAUGUCUAGUUUGUAUACCCAACAUUUGAAUUUCUCACCUGCAAGAGCUGUUUCUCCACAUGUAAGGACUAACCCAGAUGUUGAUAGUCAGUACUUGUCGGAGUUAUUAGCAGAGCACCAAAAGCUCGGGCCUUUCAUGCAAAUCCUUCCCAUAUGCAACCGACUCUUGAAUCAAGAGAUAUUGAGGGUUUCCGGAAUGAUAUCCAACCAAGGGUUGAGUGACUAUGACAGACUACAACGUGGAAGCCCUAGUCCUAUUGCCUCGAUAGACAUGAUGCCAGAUAUUGGAGUUGGAGGAAAAGUUUUACGUGGCUGGACUGGAAAUGGAUGGAAUGGCCUUCAACAGGAGAGAUUAGUUGGACAACAGGGGAUGACUAUAGACUGGCAAUCAGCACCAGGAAGCCCAAGUUCCUACAUUGUGAAAAGGGUAUUGCGCUUGGAGAUACCAGUGGAUAGCUAUCCGAAUUUCAACUUUGUAGGGAGGCUUCUAGGUCCUCGAGGCAAUUCCCUUAAGAGGGUGGAAGCUUCUACAGGAUGCCGUGUAUUCAUCAGAGGAAAGGGUUCAAUAAAAGACCCUGACAAGGAGGAGAAUCUGAGGGGGAGACCAGGCUAUGAGCACCUGAAUGAUCCACUGCAUGUAUUGAUUGAGGCAGAAUUACCCGUCAAUAUUGUCGAUGUACGUUUGAGGCAAGCUCGGGAGAUAAUAGAAGAAUUGCUCAAACCUGUGGUAUUUACUUUUCGGUUAUCCAGUUCAUUCAAUGGACUACGGCUAGUUAGUACUUCCAAAAGCAGAUUAUAUUCCUUGUUCCAUACUCUCUUGUUGGCCUGCAUACUUGUAUCAGUAAUGGGAAAUAGACAUGUGAAAUGUUAGAGAGCAUUAAAAAGGAUGGCUCGGCUCUCGCUACUGUGGGGGUUUGGGAAGGGUCACACUGAGUAUUGAAUCAAGUAAAUGAUUUUGCAUAUAAACUUAAAGAAAGUCAAAUUGUUCUUAUGUAAAACAAGCAAAUAUCAUGAAUCAUCUUUUUGGCUUUGUAAAUUUCAAACUUGUCACGUUCUUGGAUGGACCAUCAUUUGUGGGUCUCUCCUUUGGGAACUUGGGGAUAUUAAGUGAUCCUAUCAACACUUAUCAAUUGCGUGGACGAGUCUGGUCAGAUAUGUCAAAGUGACAUGCCUCUUGCUAGACUUCUAUUAUAUGGUCUUUCAGUUGCUUAACUUACCAAAAUUCUGUGCAUAUGGUGCUUUGACUACAUGAGUUUGAAGGUGGAACGAUGAAAUGACAGUAUCUCCUUCCCCUAGUAAUUGUGCAUUAUGUGUGUGCUAGUGUUGUUUCUAGGCCAUUCUUGUGUGUCCUAAGAAGGUCCCUUAUCUUUUCUUCAUCCCAUUUCCCUUCAUCUUCUGUUGCAGGAUGAGAUACAAGAUUUCUACAAGAGGCAACAGCUAAGAGAACUUGCUAUGCUGAACUCCAAUUUCAGAGAAGAGAGCCCUCAACCGAGGAGUAGUGUCUCUCCUUUCAAUUCUAGUGGGAUGAAGCGUGCCAAAACUGGUUGGUAGCAGUUCUAUAGUUAUAGUGGAUGGUUUCAUCAGGAUUUCCAUGACGACUCCUGCUUCUUAUCACCAUGUUUUGCCCCUGGAAGCAUCCCAUGCUAAAGCUCCAAAGUGUGAUCUCUAAAAUACCUUGGUUGUUGAGCUAUAAUGCAAGAGACUCGUUUGAGAACAUGAAAAAGGGAAGGAAAGAUGACAACAAUUCUUAUGUCUACUGUGACUCUAGUUGAUUGCAGUUGUUGAAGUAGAAUAUGCAUUGGAUUUAUUUGUUGUUGAUGAUUACUUGAUUAGUGUUUGGAAAUUGUUGUAUAGUGCUAGCCUUUGAUUUAGCAUUGGGCUUGAAACACAGAUUAAAUAGUUCUAUUACAUUUCUUCUUGUGAGUUAUAUCCUCGAUAUUUAGCAGUAGUUCUGGG